AUGGAUCCAAAUGCCGGUAUUCCAACUUUAAAUAAUAUCGAAAAAGGCCAUUUUGGAGGCGAAAUUCUAAAAAAUAUUAGUUUUUGGAAUAAACCAUUCCAUCCAAUUAUUCCCUAUCGUGUGGAAAAAAAAUUUACAACAAUUAAAAUAGGUAUUCCAAUAAUAAUAUGGGGCGAAAAAUUUAAGGUAAACCCAAAUAAUAGCCUUACCGUAUCCGUUUACCAAAUUAACCGGUACACCGGUGGUUUGGUUUUGGUCGUCCAGGUUUAUUAUUACGUUUUGGAUGCAAUUGGAUUUAAAAACUAUAUUAUACAAUUGGCGGCCAAUUAUAUCGACAAAUUACUAAAUAAAAUGGCGUUUAUUAGGGAUAAAAAUAUUAUUAACUUGCGAUUAAACUCGUAUCCGCCUAUAAAUAUAUUUGUAAUUAACCAUAGGCCUACCGACGUUAAUAAUUUUAAUUUUGGGUUCGGGAAACCGAUUAUUUAUCGGUAUUUAUUCGGCGGUUUUUCGACGGAAAACGCUAUUAUUAUAUAUCCGCCUGUCAAAUAUACUAACCCCGACGAAGGGUGCGUUUUUUCGGUGAUUAUGGAAAAAAAGUUUGUGGGUAAAAUGAUAAAAAUGCGCGAAUUUUGCGAUUUUUUCGAAUAUCGCGGCGUUAAUUAA